UCUGAACUUUCUGGGAUGGAUUGGAGGGAUACAGAUCUAAAUGAGGAUUAUAAAUCUCCUUUUGAUUUCAAUAGUGGAGUUAACAAAAACUAUCUCUACCUGUCACCUAGUGUAAACAUUUCUCCACCUGGAUCACCUGUACAGAAGAAUUCUGGUUUGCUGAGCUCAGACACAGUACCUGAGGUAGGAGAGGAUGCUGCAGCUACUGUUAAUAUGGCAGAAAAUCUUUCUGAAGAAGAACAGGAGGAACUAAGAAAAGAACUUGCUAAGGUAGAAGAGGAAAUCCAGACGCUCUCACAGGUGCUAGCUGCCAAGGAGAAGCAUCUAGCAGAGAUCAAGAGAAAACUAGGAAUCAAUUCACUGCAGGAACUGAGGCAGAACAUUACCAAAGGCUGGCAAGAUGUGACUUCUACUUCAGCAUAUAAGAAGACAUCAGAAACUCUCUCUCAGGCUGGGCAGAAGGCUUCUGCUGCUUUUUCAUCAGUUGGCUCAGUCAUCACAAAGAAGCUGGAAGAUGUGAAAAAUUCUUCUACUUUCAAGUCAUUUGAAGAAAAGGUUGAAAACUUAAAGUCUAAAGUUGGAGGAGCCAAGCCUGCUGGAGGUGACUUUGGAGAAGUCUUAAACUCAGCUGCCAAUGCUAGUGCCACAGAAACUAUUACAGAACAGAUACAGGAGGAGACCCAGUGAGAUUCCUGCCUUUGUCCUGCUACCCACUGCCAGAUGCUGCAAGCAAAAACUAAGCACAUUUGUAAUGUUCUUCACUGUCUGUUUCCACCAGAUGUGCUUUUACUUAGCACUUAGCUUUAUAUCAAUUUGAUAAAAUAGCUUGUUUGUGGGUUUAAAAUAUUUUUUUGGAACUAAAGUAGAUUGUAUCAGCCUGGCUUUUGGGGGGGAAGGGACAUUUUUAUGCUUUUCAAGUACUUAAAGGAUAUAUCCCUGAUUUUAAAGGCAAUCUCUAAAAUGUUCUUUGAAAAACUUUAGACAAACCUACUAAUACUGUACAUAUAGUAUGUGGAUUCAUAACUUCCUUUUGGAUGCUGUGAUUAUUAGCAAUUCUCUUCACUUAUAAGAAUUGGCAUUCUACUUUUACUGCCAAACUGAAGGUUUACUUCACUCCUUCGGUGGCUUCAGUGCAACAGUUCUCUAAAUUGGACAUCACACUUGGAAGAUUACUCCAAGCUGCAGAAAGAUUUCUGCUUCAACAUUAUGAAUAACAUCACUACAGCAGGUUUCCACAAGUGUAUAAAUUUAAACCUGUUGAGUCCUAAACUGCAUUUGGUGCAUGUGGGGCAAAGGACAUAAUCCUAACUAGCAUUCAGACUUACUGACUUCUCUGUGGGUCCUGUGACCAGACUUAAUAUCCUAAGAGUGGGUUUCUCAGAGUGCUCCAAAUGAAAGUGAGAUGCUUAAUGGUGCUGGUCUAGUAUCUGAGCCAGUUUGUUUACCCCAGUACACUAUUGUGAGUUCUUCACUUGAUGCUUUAAUGCCUGAAUUAUUCUGCUGUGGUAAAAUGGCAGUCACUGUAAUAAUGGUCUCCAAUGUUGAUGAUUCUAAAACUUCUUCUAUUCUGGUAUUAAUAUUGAAUCUUACACUAAAAACAUGGAGUGGAGAUGAGAUGUGAACACGUUCUUACAGCUCAGAAUGUAGGAAUAUGGCUUUAUGAACUUGGUCUUGGAUGUUAGAAAUAUUUUUUGCAGACAAGUCAUUAUUGAUUAAUUCCCAUAACUGACUUGGAAUUAAAGGUUUGGUGGUUUUUUUUAAAGCCUUUCACCAUGCUGUAGUAAACUUGCACAGCAUUUGCAGGCAAGAGCCAUUGCUCUAGGAGGCAGAAGACCUUUGAGAUGUUCAAACUAUUUCAUGCUCUAAAGACUCUCUUGUCCUAAGU